AAAAUAUGGAACCAAUAGAUAAAGAGCAGACUCCUGUCUCUAAUGGAAAAAUUAGAGAAAAGGCUAACAGCAGUUAUUCAUCAAGACCAUCAACCAAUGAGAAGGCAAUAAAAUUUUUCUCAAGAUAUCAACAUUUAAAAUAAGUUUGAACCAAAGCCUAAAAGGACAACUGCUGAUGAACCUCAGCAGGCAGAGCAAGAAGUGCUGGCUAAAUUUCAUUCUACAGAGGAUAAAAUCCUCGAUUUUUCAGCUUACACAAAGAAAGAGUCAAAACAAUCCAUAAACGAAGAUGACCUUUCAGACAACUUUGAAGGUUCUGUUGAUUCAUUAGAACCUGAUGAGGACGCUCCUCCAACAAUCCCUAGAAAGGAGAGUUUGAAAAAGGCAAAAUCAGCUAUGGCUGAUCAAAACUUUAAAGAAGAGUCUAAAGUACAGGAAAACAACCAGAAUAUCCAAGAAUACUUAGAAUCAACUCUUAACAUCAACAUAAUGAAGCCUAAGAAUUUAGAAGAGGAAAAGAAGGUGGAGGAUUCACCAAAGAAUUUAGAGAGCGAGCCUGAUCUAAGUUUGUUAGAUUCCUCGACUUCCCAUAGCUAUAAAUUCUACCAGCAAAGUAAUGAUAAUGAUUCUCUGAAUAAAGACAGCCAUGACCAAGAAGCCUUAAUCGAAGAAGCUAGAAUAGUGAACAGCUCUGACAGCGAUGACAAUUUUGAGAGAGAAGCAGAGGAUGAAUUGAAAUUAGAAGACCCUCCAAAGAAGGAACUUGUGAAAAAGAAGUCAACCAAAGAAGAGUCAAAGAUGGUUCCUCCCAAAGCUUACAAAUCAAGCUCUUAUAAUCCUAUAAAGAAAGGAAGGUUUGUGAGGAAGAAAGAACUCGAAGGCACUAUUGGGAAAGGAGAUACUCUUGGAGGUUUAGCCGUUGCUAAAGUUGAAAUCUUAAAAUUCUUAGGAUCCGGAGGAGAAGGAAAGGUAUACCUCGGUCGAAUCGUUGAACUUGACCAGCUAGUAGCAUUUAAACAAUUUGAGAUAGUCCAAAAUGAUGUUCAGGAAAAAUAAAAUCAUUGAAGCUAUUAAAAAGGAAAUGAAGAUAGUGAAAUAAACUCAGUGACAAGAAUGUAGUCAAGUUCUUUACUAUCCACAAGUCAAAUCUUGAUGGUGACAAUGCAGUCCAGUAUAACAUUCUUAUGGAAUAUUGUGAUGGAGGAAGUCUUGAUACUAAAUUAAUGAAGAGGAAAGGCAAACCUUUAAAACUAUCCCUUACUAAAUCUAUAGUACACCAGAUCCUCAGUGGACUUAAGUACUUGCAUGACAAUAGGAUCAUACAUAGAGAUAUGAAGCCAGCUAAUAUUCUUAUGGAUAAAUCUGAAACAAGAUUUAAGAUUGCAGAUUUUGGAGUCGCAACAGAAGUUAUGGGUAAAAAUAGUAAUACUCACAGGACGAAUACUGGAACUCCUUGGUAUAUGGCCCCUGAAGUUAUUAAAAACGAGCCGUAUAAAUACCCUAUUGAUAUCUGGGCCGUUGGGUGCAUCCUCUAUGAAUUGGUUUCUGGGAAGCGCCCAUACUAUACUUGACAGAACAAAUUUUCAUCAAUGUAUAUGAUUGGAAAUAAUCAUACUCCCUUGGAGAAGAGUGAUCAUAAAGUAAGGCAGAAAUUUAAAGAUAAGGAAAUUACUGACUUUUUGAAAAAAUGAUGGGACCCCGAUCCUUCAAAAAGAGCAAAAGCAGGGGAGCUCCUGGAGCACCCCUUCUUAGAAGGAGUAACUGAAAUAUAGUCUAAGAUAUUGAUCCCUUUGACUUUACAUAAUCUAAAAUUUAUAGA